UGCAAGGGUUUGUCCUCUAGACAGUGGGGGUGGGAGGAAAGCAGGGCUAGAAGCGGAGCAGGGAGCAUGAGCCAACGGAGAAUGCCAGGAUCUGGCUUUUGUGAUUGGUCAGCUGCUGGCUGAUGGAUAGUCGAGGGAGGAGCCGACAACUCAGUCUGUUCUGACGGAGCCGAAGUCCAGAAACCAUAUUUACAGGUCCAUGUGCCUACACUGCAGCUAUGAGCGGAAUUUUAAAGAGGAAGUUCCAAGAAAUUGACAGCUCCUCACCCUACUCCUCUGUGCAGGAAUCAGACGAUGACGUUUUUAGCUGUGGCAGUACGGACAGUGUUGAUGGUGUCAUUCAGUCCACUUCUAAUCAUUUCACUGGAAAAAAUAAGGAGAUAUCUACAGCCUGAAAAGAUGUUUUCAGAGGCAUAGAGUCUUCAGGAAAAUACUGGAGUCCAUGAGGUCUCAAGGAAUCCCUGCUGACCUGUCCCCACAGGAUUCUGACUGCGUUCUGCAUUGCUUACUUCGUCUAACUCUCUAAAGCCCGAACUCUGGAUUCUAGUAACACUCAGCUACCUGGCCCUGCCCGGAAGAGACAAUUCAUUUUCUGUGGUACGUGGGACUGCGCUGCAGCUAUGAGUGGGAUUUUAAAGAGGAAGUUUGAAGAAGUGGACGGCUCCUCACCCUGCUCCUCUGUGCGGGAAUCAGACGAUGACGUUUCCAGCUGUGACAGUGCCGACAGUGGGGACAGCGUCAACCCAUCCACUUCUAGCCAUUUUCCCCCCUCCUCCAUCCUCAAAAGAGAGAAGCGGCGGCGGACGAAGAGUGUGCAUUUCAGUCGCGUCACCGUGUACUACUUCGCCCGGAGGCAAGGUUUCACGAGCGUGCCCAGUCAGGGGGGCAGCACGCUGGGCAUGUCCAGCCGCCACAGCAGCGUGCGCCAGUACACCCUGGGCGAAUUCGCGAGGGAGCAGGAGAGGCUCCACCGGGAGAUGCUGAGAGAGCACCUCAGGGAGGAGAAGCUGAAUUCUCUAAAACUAAAGAUGACGAAGAAUGGCACCGUGGAAUCUGAAGAGGCUAGCACCCUUACCGUGGAUGACAUUUCUGACGAUGACAUUGACUUGGACAACACCGAGGUAGACGAGUACUUCUUUCUACAACCGCUGCCAACAAAAAAACGGAGAGCGCUGCUGCGGGCCUCUGGCGUGAAGAAGAUCGACGUGGAGGAGAAGCACGAGCUUCGAGCCAUCCGCCUGUCGAGGGAGGACUGUGGCUGUGACUGCCGAGUGUUCUGUGAUCCAGAAACGUGUACCUGCAGCCUCGCGGGCAUUAAGUGUCAGGUGGAUCGGAUGUCCUUCCCCUGUGGCUGCACUAAAGAACGAUGUAGCAACACAGCAGGUAGGAUCGAAUUUAAUCCUAUCCGUGUCCGGACUCAUUUUUUGCACACAAUAAUGAAACUGGAACUGGAGAAAAACCGAGAGCAGCAAAUACCCACGCUGAAUGGCUGCCACGGGGAGAUAGGCGCCCACAGUAGCUCCAUGGGCCCUGUCGCCCACUCCGUAGAAUAUUCGAUUGCAGACAAUUUUGAGAUUGAAACGGAACCCCAGGCCGCAGUGCUGCACCUGCAGUCCGCUGAGGAAUUCGAUUGCCGCGGGGAGGACGGGGACGAGGACGAGGAGGAUGGGAGCAGCUUCUGCAGUGGAGUCACUGACUCCAGCACUCAGAGCUUGGCACCCAGUGAGUCAGACGAGGAGGAAGAGGAGGAGGAGGAAGAGGAGGAGGACGAGGAGGAGGAGGACGACGACGACGACGAUGAGAAAGGGGGCAGCUUCGUGGAAGGUCUGGGAACCCACGCGGAAGUUGUUCCUCUUCCCUCCGUCCUUUGCUAUUCCGAUGGCACCGCUGUUCACGAAGGCCAUGCAAAAAAUGCUUCUUUUUAUGCCAACUCUUCAACUCUGUAUUACCAAAUAGAUAGCCACAUUCCCGGAACUCCUAACCAGAUCUCUGAGACCUAUUCCGAAAGAGAUACUGUCAAAAACGGUGCCCUCUCGCUGGUGCCUUACACCAUGACCCCGGAGCAAUUUGUUGACUAUGCCCGCCAAGCAGAGGAGGCCUACGGCCCCGCCCACUACCCAGCUGCCAACCCCUCUGUCAUUGUCUGCUGCUCCUCUUCGGAGAGUGACAGCGGUGUGCCCUGCGGUAGCUUGUAUCCGGAACAUAGGUCCAACCAUCCUCAAGUGGAAUUUCACUCCUAUUUGAAAGGCCCCUCCCAGGAAGGCUUUGUCUCUACAUUGAAUGGUGACAGUUGCAUUUCAGAGCAUCCUGCUGAAAAUUCUUUGAGCCUUGCAGAAAAGAGCAGACUGCACGAAGAGUGCAUCAAAUCACCGGUGGUUGAGAGUGUCCCUGUUUAGUAGCUUAAGUUAUUUCCGGACCACCUCUUCUCCUAUUUAAAGCACUGUAUUUAAUUGGAUUUCCUGGGCUCAUGGUUGUUAGAAACUGAGGACCAAGAGAAUUUGGGCUGUGGUGAAUCUUCCAGACUGUAUUUUGUUUUAUCCUUUCUAGCUACGUGACUGUGGCAUUGCACAAAUACAGUGUCUGAGGAUUUUAAAAGAUUUCCGACUGUUUUGAUAGAAAAAUGCUAAUUUUAAAAAAGCAUAUCUCACAGUUGCCUACCUGUCAAGCUGUGUGAAACCUGCCAAGCUGUGUAGAUCAGAGCUCCAAGUUUUGGAUUAUCGGGCCUGUGCAAGAUUGUUGACUAAGACUGGGAAAUAAUAAGAAUAGAAUCCUAAUUUUCGAUAAAUAAUUGAAGAUGAUGGUGACUUUUUAAUGUAAAAGUAAUUAUUGUAAGCAAAAGAUUUAACCUUUCCAUGUGUAUUUUAUUUAUGGUAGUUAGAAGUCAUGUUUUGAUGAAAAUGAACAGCAGCAUGUUCGUUUAAGCUGAAGAUGCAUAGUUAGUACCGCCGAGCAUGCCCACAUGGAUUGCAUCUGGAAUCCAUUCGCGUUUUUAUGAUCAUGACUGAUCAGAUUUGCAAAUACUUUCUUAAGGGUGAAAUAGGCCUAUUUUUGCUAUUUUGGACAAAUAAAUGAGUCUAUAUGUGCAGGUCCUUACACAGUUUUCUCUAAAGUUAAGAGUUAGGACAAUCCUCUGGUGAGGGUCUAUUUCACUGCCCUCCCUCAGUUGACUCCAGAGAUGGAGGUGGAAGGAAUAGCCUUUCAUUUUUAAACAGCAUCAUCUUGGUUCUUAGCUGGGACAGCACCUUUAAACUCUACUCCCCUACAUCGAGAUGCACUUUAGUGCCCCUUCAUGGUACCUUGUGAGGGUUGGGGACUGAGAACUCUUUGAAAUGAAAAAUUUUAAAGAAAUUUUUUUAAGACUAUAACUAUUAGAAGGUUCAUAUAAUUAAUGUAGAGGGGUCAUCCAACGAUACUUUAUGAAGAAAAAAAUGACCUAUUCUCCUUUGCCACUCUGAAGGCCUAACUCAGUUAAAGCAGAGGAGGCUGAGGAAACGUGGAAGAGACACAUCCUCAGCAACCAGCCUUUCUACAGCGUGAUCAAUCUAUCUCUGCAAAAUGAGUGUAUGAUGAGAUUUCUACUUAGUGACUAGCUGAUUAAGGGGGGGGCCUCUUCCCAAACACUCAGCUAGGCCUUACUCACAAGAAGCAUUUUGAUUUCUCUUGCCUGGGACAAUUAGCAGAACAGUCCAGAAUGCAUUGAAUACUUUCUAAUUACCUCAUGUUCUCUUGUUAAAGGGGACAGAUAGAAAUAAAACAUGCACUCCCCACCUUUAGAUUAUCUGCGCUCGGAGGACUUCUACGAUCCCAUUUUCCUGUAAAUUAGGUAACUAGAUAGUGUGCUCUGCCUUUUUUUCCUUUUUCCAAUGCAAUAUGACUAUGCUAACUCUGUUUCAUAUUUUUGACUUUCUAUUGUUAUAUCAUUUCACAUUUUCUGCCUCUUUGAAAUGUUGACAUGCCUUUGCUAUUCAGUGACUGUAUUCACUACUUUAUUUUUAUGUCUUUUAGACUUGGAUAUUUAGAGAUAUGGAUAUGAAUAUAGUGUAGAUCUCUAUUCCUUAAAAAACUCUUCUAUUUAAUUGAACUUAAAAAUGCUUGAUCUAGAGAAAGUCCUCCAAUGGAAGAGUUUCUACUAAAACUUGAUUUGGGGAAAAACAUGUUUACUUGGCAGCUGUUUCACUGUGCAGUUGGUUCCUGCUCUGUCUCUACCCCACCGCUGGACCGAAUUCAUAACUAUGAAUGUUAACAUUAAAGGAGCUUUGCGAUUGUCCUUCUGGAGGGAGCAGUAAUGAGGAUGGGAAUGUUCCUUUUGAAUGAUAAGCCCUUUGGGCUAAUCAGAUUGGGGUGUUGCUCAAAUGUUGUUAGUAUAGCCCAUGUUAUCUACAAAGUUACAGUUUUUAGUAUUUGAUCUCCAAAUUUUUCCCCUUACCAAUACAAUCUAAAGAGCACUGGCCCAGAGAGAAAAUGAGCAGAGGCUAUUGUUCCUUCGUUCAAGCAUGUGAAGGAAUCAUAGUCCCGUGUUUGCCGGACCGGAAUGCGGAGUGCGGCAGAGUAAGGGAGAGAGGACUCCGGCUGUGGCAGAGUUGGAGGGUGGAAUGUCAGUCAAAGUUCUAAAAGGAUAGAUAUUUCAUUUAAUUCAGCUUUACAUUCACAAGAAGGUUGAUGCCUACUUUUUUUGGUUUGGCUGGGUCUCUGUUUUGCAGUUUCAAAAGGAUGUCCAAAAGGAUGCUUAUACUAGAAAAUAGACCAAAAAAAUCCCCAGAGCUUUCCACCCCAUCCGUCCAGUAGGGGUUGGAAGUCACUGCUACACAGAUGGAUUAACCUUCCAUCCGUGGCAGCUUUCAGUCCAAAUUUUCCUAUACAGAACCCAGCCCCUAAACACACACACACACAAAAUUGAUGUAUAUCACACACUGGAGAGUGACAAAUUUUAGGCAAUGGCCAAAAAUGAGUACUGAAUGUUUCUCCCUGGAAGCUAGUUGGGCCUUAACAAUCUAAAAAUGUGAUCUAGGAAAGAGGAUACUUUUUUUUAAAGCUGUAGUUUGAAAAAUAUUGGGUCGAAGUUACAGAUAAUACAAAUGGCAGGAUCAUUUCAUUUUUACUUCCUUUUCCAGAAAGACUGAGAGAGCACAGUGUUCUAUCUGACCUUUUUUUUUCUUUUCCCCCAUAAAUAGCCCUCUAGUCCACAAAAGCUGCCCACAUGCCAGGAAAGCACUACAGUUUUUAUAAGGUUUUUAAAAUGGGGAUCAAACUAGAUGCAUCUGGUUGGGAUACUUAAGAUCCUUAUUCCAAGACACAAUAACCUGACCCACAGCUGUUGUAUUGCCCCCAUAGUAUAUCUAACAAAAUUAUAGUCUUGUAUGACACACAGCUUUUUAGUCACUCACUGUCAAUGGCAAAGCUGCUCUGCUUGGGUCCCUGUUAUUUUACCACCAGCCCUAUACCUUUUAUUGGGCUUAAUUCCCAGUUCUAAUCCAGUUCAAAUUGAUUUCCAAGUCAAGUGGCUGGAGCAGUUUGCAGUCCUUUUAUCAUUCCAGGUUUCCUCUGAGAGAAAGAAGUCAAUGCACAAGAUUUACUUGAGUUUUUCCCCCAUCUCCUGAUCAGUGAUUAUGAAGACAUCAGUAAAAUCCAUUUGUCUCAUAUCUUUUUUUUAACAAUAUAGUUAACAAUAUAGUUACUUUUUGAAAACGAAUCCUUUCUUUGUGAUGCAACUAUAUUUUUCGCAGUAUACCAGCCACAUAUAAAAUGUGAAAAUAAUGUUUAUUAGAGUGAUAAAAUCUUCACAAACUUAGGGCCCCCAAUACCCCUUCUCUCCAAAAAAUUAUGAGUUACAGAAACACUGGCCAGAAAUUAAUCAAGAAUCUAAGAGAUGAUAAGUACUUAUAUUCUGUAAAAUUUUAUACUCAGAUGACUCCUAAGCAAAAUUCUGGUUUGGUUAUCAUUAA